AGAAGUCACAUGUCUGAGUGAUCGGAAUCCGGUCCCCACCACUCCUCUCCUCCCCUCUCGAUGUGUCUGGCUUACGACUACUUCUAACUACGGGGCUAGUUAGUGCCUUUUAACUGGAACAAACAAAAGGCAAGUCUACAGUUUCUGUAUUUUAUGCGAACCAGCUCAUUCCCAUCUCCAUCUCUUUCCUGUUUCCUGUUUCCUGUUUCCUCCCUCUACAAUUCCAGUUUUAGGGUUUUCAAAAUAUUGAUUUUUGGUAACAGGAAAACAAGAAGAAGAACGCCAACAACAAUACGGACCCACCACCGUAGACCCAUUUCGCAAUAAUUUCCUGGAUACGUGGCUUACGCCAUACAAGCACAAUCUCUUUCUAGAUUCUGUUUAUCCAGCAAUUUCUUGGACCUCACCGUCUUAUUCUUUCUUUUGCAUGCUCCCAAGUUGCAUACACUUGAUUCAACGCACAAACUGAAAGCCUAGUCUACUACAAUUGAAUGUAAAUUAUGUAAAGCAAUUUUCCAACUUGAAAUAUAUGGUCUCUAUCCGAUUCAGAGAGAUGGAUAAUGCUAAGAUUGUUGGCUACAAGAAUGAGAAUCCAUCCUCAAACAAAGAUUUUGAAUCAUCAAAUGAAGAUUGCUUGUUGGAAACGUUGGCAAUGGAGGUGAAUCCUAAAGGUGUAUUAUUGCCUUCAAGCAACAAGAAGUUACAAAUCAGUGAUUUUUGCCCUCAAAAGCUGUUUCUUCAACAAAUGGUUGGCUUAAAGAGAAGGAUUCCAAAGCAAAUCAUGAGUCUUGAAGAAAAAUACCUUCGCCAUUGCCUUGAAUUGAUUCAUACGAGUGCCAUGAGAGCCAAUUCUUUUUCUUCCCCAUCAAAAAUCAACUUUUUGCCAGAUACAUUUACUUCAAAAACGGUCAACGGAAGUAAUUGUGAUACUUUGUUUUUAUUUUCAUCUGGGGUUGAAAACGUAGUCAUAAGUUCUUCGGUCGAUCCGAUUGUGGGUUCAAUCACAGGAAGUAGAAGCAUGAUUAAUCUUUUGAACAGCCCUUUACUAUGUCCAUUAGAGGUCAAAGAAUCAUUACUUUCUGUUGAUACUUCAUCACAUGACCUAAAAAAACAUGAAUCGGUGCACCAAAGGCUUGUUUCAGUCUCAAGCACAAACUCCACUUUCUCAGAUCCUUCUUCUUCUUCAUCAUCAUCAUCAUCAUCGUCAUCCAAUUCCUACUCUCAAGGAAUGCUUCACUGCUCAUGGAAUAACGGAUUCCCGCGUUAUGUUUUCUCAGUAGAGGACCAGAAAGAAGUUUACACGACCAAUUUAUCAAAAAUUGAGUCGAUUAAGGAUGAGGGGUUGGAUUAUGUUUACAUGUUUCAUGACAACGAGUCAGAUCUUGUGGCUAAAAUGAAAGUGUCCACCUCUUUCACAUUCUGUCCACUUGGAACAGAAAUGACGGAGACUCAUUUUAUUUUAUGUGCCACUGGACAUGAUAGUGAAGAGGGUCCAAAUCAGAUUGUUAAAAAGAGCAAAGGGCUUUCAAAGAAGGUGACAAACAUUUUUAGAGGACACCCAAGUCGGAAUAGGACAUGUUCUAAAUUUGAUGGAAUGCCGAUUUUAUUAGAGCCAAGUGAAGAUGGGAAUGCGUCCCCGGAAUCCAGCUUUCCGACGAAUCUUGAAUCGGUUGCCAUUGUUGUGAAGGAGCAUAUUAAGAAGGUGGAAGUUGGAGGGUGGGGUUUGAAGUUUCUUAAAGAAGGUGGACAAACACAUUGUGAAAUUUGUAGAGAAAAUAGCAGCCAACAUUUUAGCAGCAUGGAUGUUAUUGUCCCUUCAGGGUUUCAUGGGGGACCAAAAAUGAAAAAUGGAGGAGCUUCUAGCCUUGUUGAGAGGUGGAAGAAUGGGGGGUCUUGUGAUUGUGGUGGUUGGGAUAUCGGUUGCCCUCUCACUCUACUUAAUGCUGGACCAAAUAAUAAAAAAGAUGUUUUCUACCAAGCAGGUGUUUUUGGGAAGACUAAUGCGUUUCAAUUAUUUACACAGGGUUGUAAGCAAAGUCUGCCAGUUGUAGAAGUGAGGAACAUUCAUGAUGGUUUGUAUUAUAUCCAUUACCGAUCAACUCUAUCUGCCCUGCAGUCUCUUUCAAUUGCUGUGGCAAUAAUUCAUAGUCACAGUCCCACCCUCAAACCUAAAGUAUAUAAAAUUUGAGCUACUUUAUUAUUCUUCUUUCAUGGAGAAACUGAAAAUGACAACACAUGAUUAGGAUUUGAUCUUGUGCUUUGUUAACUUAUUGCUUCUUCUUGAUUGCCUCAUGUAGAGACACUUGUUGCAGGUAUACUUAGAUUGAUGCUGCAAAGCAGAUUUGUAGAUUUGGUGUAGUAGGAGAGUGAAUUAGGAUGUCUUGUUGUUUGUUAUAUCAAAAGAAUUGAGUUAUAAAUAGAGUGAUUAUGUCAAAAAAAACUGUAUCUUUGUUUUGCUUAUGAAUGUUCAUCUUGGAAGAUGAUGAUUAAAUGCUUUAAAAUAUAGAAUGGGAUGACCUGAUUUUUCUUUGUAGCA